UCUACAGAGCAGUUGCCCUUGCUUUUGUAACACAUCUAUUUACAAAACCUUUACCGAAAACCCAGUUUGCUUAAACUUUCUCUGAGCUGAGCUGGAAAACACCAACUCCCUGCCCAUUGACUCAUUCUAGGAAACCUUUUCAGUUAAGGACAUAGUUACACAUCUUGAUAAGGACCUGGAAGAGUGCAGAGUCGGUGGUGCAGGCCCUUGAUUCCCAAGGAAGGUGGGGCCGGGAAUUUCAGGCCAUCCUUAGCUACAUAGAAAAUUCAAGGUCAACUUGAGAGAGAGGAAACCUUAUCUCAAAACAACCACCACCACCGUCACCAUUACCUGGAAUGUAAAGAAGGAGCAGAAUCAGUCUGGUUUCAGCAGAAGUGGCUCCAGGUUCCACAAAGACUAGAAAGAGGCUUGGAAGGGGCGUAAGGAAAGUAAGGGAAUAAGGGCUUGUUUGGCAUGGAUCAGUAGAAUGACAGUUCCCUGAUAUGCUUUGGCACAAUCCAGACUUUUGUAGCGGUAUCUUUCCCAAUCUUUCUUUUAUACACAAUUUCAACACGUACCAAGUUGUAAAACAAGGUUAAUCAUUAUGCAUCUCCCUUACUUAACAAACGCUAAAGGGCUUAGCACAGAGGCUCCCUCUAAGAGAACCCGGAACACUUUAAGCUGUAACAGCAAGUCCAGGGAGGCCUAAAAGCCACAAGCCAGAACCACAAUCAGAACCAAUGCACGCAUUUACCACCCAGAACCCGAACCGGAUGGCACCUACUGUGAUCCUGGACCCCGCGGGUGGUUGCCUUUGUGACCAGCCGGUGCACAUCGCCGUGUGUGGCCUGGCCCCCGAGCAGCCCAUCAUGUUGCGCUCUGUCCUGCGCGACGAGAAGGGCGCGCUCUUCCGAGCCCACGCGCGCUACCGCGCGGACUCCCACGGCGAGCUGGACCUGGCGCGCGCGCCCGCGCUGGGCGGCAGCUUCUCGGGGCUCGAGCCCAUGGGGCUGCUCUGGGCCAUGGAGCCCGAUCGGCCUUUUUGGCGAUUGGUCAAGCGCGACGUGCAGACGCCCUUCGUGGUGGAACUGGAGGUGCUGGACGGACACGAGCCCGACGGCGGGCAGCUGCUGGCGCGGGCGGUGCAUGAGCGUCACUUCAUGGCUCCCGGGGUGCGGCGCGUGCCUGUGCGCGAGGGCCGGGUGCGCGCCACGCUCUUCCUGCCCCCAGGAACUGGACCCUUUCCUGGGAUCAUAGACCUUUUUGGAAUUGGAAGUGGCCUUCUGGAGUAUCGGGCAAGUCUGCUGGCUGGGAAGGGCUUUGCCGUCAUGGCUCUGGCUUAUAACAACUACGAGGACCUCCCUAAGGACAUGGACAAUAUCCACCUGGAGUACUUUGAGGAAGCUGUGACCUACCUGCUCAGUCACCCUCAGGUAACAGGUUCAGGAGUCGGGGUCCUUGGCAUUUCCAAAGGGGGUGAACUUGGCUUUGCCAUGGCCUCCUUCCUGAAAAAUAUCACAGCUGCUGUCAUCAUCAAUGGCUCUAUAUCCAACAUCGGCGGAAAAUUACAGUACAAGGAUGAGACCGUGCCCUCCGUGGGCAUAAACACCAAGCGAGUCAAGAGAACCAAAGAUGGCCUCAAAGACAUUGUGGAUCUUCUAAACAAUCCUCUGGAAGGACCUGACCAGAAGAGCUUGAUCCCCGUGGAAAGGUCUGACACAGCCUUCCUGUUCCUCGUAGGUCAGGAUGACCACAACUGGAAGAGCGAGUUCUAUGCCAGAGAGGCCUCCAAACGCCUGCAGGCACAUGGGAAGGAGAAGCCUCAGAUCAUCUGCUACCCAGAGACAGGCCACCAUAUUGAGCCUCCUUACUUCCCACUGUGUAAGGCUUCCCUGAACAGCCUGGUGGGUAGUCCUGUCAUCUGGGGAGGGGAGCCCAGGGCUCAUGCCAUGGCUCAGGUGGACGCUUGGCAGCAACUCCAGACUUUUUUCCACAAUCAUUUGGAUGGCAAAAAGAAGACAAUCCCAGCAAAACUGUGAUUUUUAUUUAAGAUCUCUGAUGCUUCUCUCUCCUGAGGAAGCUUCUACUGUGUGUGUGUGUUUCUCUUUUACAUCAAUGUAGAUUCUUUCCCUCCUCCAACUUUUUUUUCAGCUGCAGGCCUUAUUGAUAAGUCUUGAAGGGAAGUGAUUAUACAGAAAACAUAAGGCAUUGCAGAAACUGCCGUUUUUCAGAAACUCCGUCUCCCAGCGAGCUAUAGUGCUGAAAGAAAGACCAAGUCACUGCUACAUCCCUGGAGGAGUUCAAGGACUACUUGCUAAAUUGCUGAUUAAAAACAAACAAAUGAUUCCCUGCUGUUUAGACAAACAUCGACAGGAACUGAAAAGAUGGCUCAGCAGUUAAGGGCACACACUGCUCCUAUAGGACCCAAGUUUUGGUCCAGGUACCAGAACAACUGACUGUAACUCCAGCUCUGAGGGAUGCAGAGCUCUCGUCUGACCUACUUGGACACCCAUACACAUGUGUACACACACACACACACACACACAUAUACACACAAGCACACAUGCACAAGCACACAUGAAUAAAAAUACAUGGUUUGAAAGAGUAAACAUCUGUGUGGUGGUGACACACACCUUUCAUCCCAGCACUGGGGCUGGGGGGGAGGAUGGGAGUGGAGAGUGGGGAGUGGGGACAGAGGCAGUCGGAUCUCUGCAAGUUGGAAGCCAACCUGGUCUAUAGAGGGAGUUCCAGGACAUCGAGGGUUACACAGAGAGCAAAGAAACCCUACCUGGAAAACAAAGUCAUAAACAAUGGUCCUGUGUGGGCUCUGUCCUGUGGACUCCACUGACUGGAGAUUUAUGUAUAUAGACUUUCACAUGCUACAGUCUACACAGCACACCACACUCACUUGGAGGGAGCAGUCUGCAAGUGACUUAAAGGUUAUGUGUGUAUUAUCUGGAAAUACUAUUGUAUCCGAGAAACGUCAGCCAUUGCAGAUUUGCCAUCUGUAUCAAAUGCUUACAACUACCAGAGGACAACUCUAACAUCACGUGUGCUGCGACCUCACAGGUGAGUUUAUUCUUUUGAGAUGGAAUUACUACCUUAGUCACCAACUAAUAAGAGCCCAACAAUAUCAAAUUUCAAAGGAACUUCAGUUUACCUCUUGUUUUUUUCUUUUGAGUGAAUAAGGAUUUUUUUUUUCUGAGCCAACAAAUUGUGUUAGGUUCCUGUUUAUGCGUAGGGAUACAAGAUUCUGUUGCUUCAAACCUUGAUAAAAUGUUAUUUAACUAUGCAAGUAAUUUUAACAGUGGUAAACAUGUAUAUAAUAAUAUCACUAGAUACACAUAGUUCCAAAAUAAUAAGCAUUUCUUAAGCCUUAGAUAUGCUUAAAAUAAAAAUACUCCGAUGGUUAA